AAGUGUAACGCCAGAUUGUUUAUAUAUUUUUUAAAAAAAUUUUGAGAGAAAAGAUGCCAAAGAUGGAGGGAAAAUUGUCACUUUUGGCGGCAUACGAUGAUAUUAUGAGGAAGUCCAGAGUGCUGCAGGCAGGAGAUGAAAUAGAAUUUCGAAGAUUUGUUCAGAACCAGGAACAGUGCAGAAUCAAAUGGCAAAGUUCAGAAGUGGAGGUCCAACAUCUUCAUGAAAGAAUUCGCCAGUUAGAGUCGGAUAACAGUGGGCUAACUUUUAAACUCAAGCAUGCUAGAGGAGUGAUCGAGGAAGAAUUAGAAAAACAAAGGAUUUUAGAACAAGAAAGAGAUGAACAGGAGCGACAGAUUGGACUAAUCCGAGAACUUCUAAAUGACCGUAAUGGGCGGCGAGACCUGAAUGAGCAGGAGAGAGAGAAACUCUUCAUGCUGAGUACCACUCAUAGGUCACAUCUCGAGGGCUCGCCUUCUAAAAGGAAAUCGGAAAGUUCUCACUGGGAAAGAAAACGAUUGCGUACCAUCAAUGAGUCUGCUCAUUCAAUGUUGUCAGAUGACGAGUACGACAAAACUGAAGAUGACCUACAUACCAGUCGUCUACGAAGUGGUCGCACUUUUAAGCGACCCUCAGCUCCACCACUGGAAGAGGAAUUCCCCAAGAAAAGGAAAAGUGGGGAUGAGAAAGACAGUUCUAUUAUCACCACGACGACAGUGACAAUUGGAGCAGACGGAGCACCUGUUGCUGCGGAAACAGAGGUCAAGACAGUGAAAACUCUUAACAAGAGCUUCAGUGAGCCGGCCCUUGACAAACACAUGGCUGCCCCUGACAGAGAUGCAGACAGUGAACCGGAAUCGGAGGAUUCUUACUACGGCACACCCAGGAAUAACAACAACAGGAGGAAAUCCAGGGGAAUUCUCAAAACCACACCAUCUGAAACACCACAAUUGCGUAAGGCCAAUUCUGCCAGUAAAGGAUUGAACCGAGUCCACGUAUUCAUGUCCAAGACGGUUAUCAAACCAGAAACCUGUGUUCCUUGUGGAAAGAGAAUCAGAUUUGGUAAACUAGCAAUGAAAUGUAAAGACUGCCGUUCCACCUGUCAUCCAGACUGUAAGGAUAAUCUCCCCUUGCCCUGUAUACCCUUAGCACCUGGUACACCUGGUGGCCACAAACUUAUCGGGGGAAUCAUAAGUGAUUAUGCUCCUCUAGAGAAACCCAUGAUCCCUGCUAUUGUGGUACAUUGUGUGAAUGAAGUAGAAACUAGAGGACUCAAUGAAGUGGGAAUCUACCGAGUCCCUGGAUCUGACUCCCAAGUCAAAGACCUGAAGAAGGAAUUCAUGAAGGGAAAAGGUGUGCCAAAUUUGUCCCACAUUGAUGAUAUCCAUGUGGUGUGUGGCUGUCUGAAAGAUUUCUUAAGAGGAAUGAAGGAACCUUUGGUUACAUUUGGACUCUGGAAGGAUUUUGUCAGUGCUGCUGAGAACAGGGACCAAGCCCUGGGUCUGUCGGAGGUGUAUCAAGCCAUAAGUCAGCUCCCUCAAGCCAACAAAGACACCCUGGCCUUCCUCAUUCUUCAUCUGCUGAGAGUUGGAGAUAGCCACGACUGUAAGAUGCCUCACAGUAACUUAGCUAAGGUGUUUGGACCCACGAUUGUAGGGUACUCUGUUCAGGACCCAGAACCAUUACAGAUGAUCAACGAGACCAAGUACCAGGCCAUGGUGAUGGAGAAGUUGUUCCAGAUUCCUGUGGAUUACUGGGAGUCGUAUUUGAAUGUGGACGAUGAGAACAUUUAUCCUAAUCAGUACAACACACCACAGACACCAGAGGGAACGAUGCCCCACAGUCGAUUGGGCCCACUUCAUACACCAGGGUCACAUGACUUCAGGAGCAAGACCUGGGGAAAGAAUUCCUUCACACCAAAGUUCUCCAACAAAAGCAAUCAAGUCAGUAAAAAGCCAAGUCAUUUCUUUUCCUCUCCAAAACUCAACUGAGCAUGACUUAGAGUGCAGUGAAUUUGCAGCCACUUUAACAUGUUAUGGAACGUCACUGGUCAAAUUUUAGAAUUGUAAAAGAAUUUUCUACAGCAGCGGAGUGAAUCAUGAAUUUUCUUGUAAAUUAAACAUUUUGUUGGUAGAAAGCACCAUUUGUAGAAAACCAUAUCAGGUAGUCUUUGCAACCAGCAUCUUUGGGUUUCAUAACCAGCUGUACAAACUUGUAAAAUUAAUUAGAUGAAGUAUCACAUUGUAGUGUAUUUAGGUGUUUAAAGUGUAAAUAAUUGUACAGAAGGAACUUAGAUGCCACCAUAUGUGUUCAUGAAAGUCAGAAUGACAUCUACAAAGUGUGUGAUUGCCCUCAGGGACACUGGAAGUGUAAAUACUGUAUAUGUAGUGUCAGGGCCUGUACUGAAAGUUUGUUUGUUUCCGCCCUAUGCAACACACCCUUUUCACAUUGGACUAUUAAGCAAGUAUGUAAAAAUUCUUUCUUGUAUGUUUGGUUUUUUUUGGUACCAAUAUGUAAAAAUAAAUAUACCUGAUAUAUGAUCAUUUAUAGUUUUCCCUUGAAAAUUUAAUGUUAAAGAGCACUGAAUGUUUUUUUCAUGGGAAAAUCUGGAAACAGAAAUUUUUUUUUUAUUUAUCAAUCUGGUAUAUGUGUUGAUAAUAUAAAUAACAUUCACAGACAACAUGAUUCUAAAACUAAUGGCAGUUAAUAAAUUUUUACUCCUAAUGACUUUAUAAGAAACUCAUUUUUGAUACUAAAUUAAAAAAAAAAACAUAAAACAAGGCAUUGUAUACAUUUUUUUUCUUGAUUGUUAUAUAAUAAACAUAAAUAUACAAAGUGGAAA